GGCAGCAGCCCGGGGCAAUCACUAGAUGGGGCGAGAGGUAGAGUGAGAGUCUCCGUCCUCCAGCGCACACGGGGAACUGUCACUCUCUGCAUCGGAUACAAAUAAACGCAGUGGAGAGAGCAGCAGUCUGCCUACAUAGGAUGCCUCUCGGAGAGAUGGAUAAAACAUGGAAAAAGAAGGGGGAAAUUAGAGUGGCGUACGAAUUCAAGGAAGUCCUGGGAACAGGUGCAUUCUCUGAAGUGGUCCUGGCUGAGGAGAAGCAGACCCAGAAACUGGUCGCCAUAAAGUGUAUUCCCAAGAAGGCUUUGGAAGGAAAAGAGAACAGCAUUGAAAAUGAGAUCGCUGUCCUUAGGAAAAUUAAACACCCAAACAUUGUGUCUCUGGAAGACAUUUACGAGAGCCCGACACACCUCUAUUUGGUGAUGCAGCUUGUGUCUGGCGGAGAACUGUUUGACAGGAUUGUGGACAAAGGCUUCUACACUGAGAAAGAUGCUAGCAUGUUGAUCCAGCAAAUCUUGGAUGCGGUCACAUAUCUGCAUGAACUGGGCAUCGUGCACAGAGACCUGAAGCCAGAGAAUCUGCUCUACUACAGUGUUGACGAAGAUUCCAAGAUAAUGAUCAGUGAUUUUGGCCUGUCUAAAAUUGAGGGAACUGGGAGUGUGAUGUCAACAGCAUGUGGGACUCCAGGAUAUGUGGCUCCAGAGGUCCUGGCCCAGAAACCCUACAGUAAAGCAGUCGAUUGCUGGUCCAUAGGAGUCAUCUCCUACAUUUUACUGUGUGGUUAUCCUCCAUUCUACGAUGAAAAUGAUGCAAAGCUUUUUGAGCAGAUCUUAAAGGCUGAAUAUGAAUUUGAUUCUCCAUACUGGGAUGAUAUUUCUGACUCCGCCAAAGAUUUUAUUCAGCAUCUCAUGGAGAAGGACCCUAAUAAACGUUACACGUGUGACCAAGCUUUGCAGCACCCCUGGAUUGCUGGUGACACUGCCUUAGAUAAAAACAUCCAUGAGUCGGUUAGUGAGCAAAUGAGGAAGAACUUUGCAAAGAGUAAAUGGAAGCAAGCUUUUAACGCCACAGCCGUUAUACGUCACAUGAGGAGACUUCAUCUAGGCACCAGCCAAGAGGGAUCGGUGCAGAACACACCAACCAGUCCGUGUGAUGGAACUCUCCGGGUACCGGGAGGGAAUUCAAACAACGGUUCACCCUGUGAAGAAUUCUCUCGAUCUUCCUCUGCACGUUCUGCUGUGCAAGCGGAACAAAACUUGCUGAGUAACCAUUCUCACAGCUGCCAGUACAAUCGAGUCUAAGUCCUGAUGGAGAACGUCGAUAUUCUGGCCAUUGGUUACACUGCCUGGGCUCAGGGGCAAUUCAAAUGCAACACUCAUUCCAUUCUCAGUACACGUUGCCUUGCGCUUCAGGGCCCUUCUGGGUGCUUUAAAACCUUCCUUUUUGCCAGAGUGUCGACCUAAUAGAACUUUUGCCUCUGCCUGUGAUAUGAUCAUUGCUUUUGGAUGUGUGCAAGGUGGUUGUACAAGUGACAUUCUGGGGUGGUGAGAACUUGAUUACAGGCUGUAUUUUAAAUUCCAUAUUGGGGAAAAUAAAUUACAGAACAAGGUAAAUGUCCUACCUAUGCUACAAGCACAAACUCAGACAGGAAUCUGAAUAUUUUCAAUGUUUUAAGUUUCCAAUUGAUUUUUUUAAAUAGAAGGAAAGAAUGACUAAGAAGGGGGUUUACAGAUUGACUGAAAUCCAAGUGGUCUUGACUCAGUUUUCUCUUAUCUUUAUUAGAUGAUUCCUAAAAUAAAGGUGAUCUCAUGGGUUAUUUAUGUUUGGCGACCUUUUAAUGUUGCCAAUUCCUUAGAUCCUGCCCAUAGUUUAAAAAAAGAGAACAGUCCCAAGUGUUGUGGUAUGUGCCACAGAAGUCUGACCUGACCUCAAGGCUCUUUUGUUUCUGUAUGUAUAUAUGAUGUAAAAUACGAUAAACUUUGACAUAUGGUCUCUGAUCGGAUUCAAGCUCUGUCCAUGUUGGCCUCUGGUUUAUUGAGUUUUCAGUUUGACGUUGUGUAAUGAAUGAUGUCUUGGAUGUCUGACAUCAUUCUUUUUUAAUCUUUAAUCCCAAAUAGUAAUUGGUUCAAAUAUCUUUGUAUUUGCUUGGAAUCUUUCAUGAGUCUCUUCUGAGAGAGUUAUUGUUUUAUCUGAUCAGUGAAGGUUUUCAAACAAAAAAACAGCUUCUCAUCCUUUGAUACAGUGACGGGUAGCAUUUUAACAGUUGCUUAAAUUGUGCUGCUAUGGGAAUUAUUCAGACCUGCCAACCAGUGCCAUUUGAUUAACUUAGUGAAUUUUAUUGAGGUAGAAGAUUGUAGACAGAAAAAUGGUUGCUUUAUUGGGCCUUUUGUACUUGCCCUUUUUAUGGAUCAGUGGUAGAUUAGAUCCACAGUGUUUUGCUUUUAUAGUUAAUUGGCUGGAAUUCUUUUAGAUGAAUGCCGGAUAAGGUACUAACAAGAUAUGAUUGACCGCUGUAGAAUGCCUACAUUGUCCUCCACACCUGGUAAUUCAUGGGUAAAAAAUAGGUUAUCAUUUCUGGCAGAAACCCUUCAUUAGGAAGGCUGUGGAACUCAGUGGUGUCUACACUAUUUCUGGUAGAAACCCUUCAUCAGAUAGGCCGUGAAACUCAAAGGUGUUCAUACCAUUUUAGUCUGAACAUUUUGUUGUAUCCACAAGGGAUAGUUCUAUCCCAAUGCUGGAUGAGAUUGAGCUCUGGAAUAUUUUUUACACUACAUAGCAGGUUUUGAUUCUAGGUGAUGAAAUUGCACACUUAACAGAUUUGAAAAUAUUAAGGGCUAAUUUGUAGAGUUAUGCAGAUUAAAAAUAAAGUCUCAGCUUCCUCUCUAGAAUGUACUAAACAUAACAUGGGCUAAUUGAGACUACAGUUACUUUACCGUGUUAGACAAAAGGUUAAACUGCUCAAUAGGCUCUGUUCUGGGUGAAUAAAAGGUUUAUCUCCGUGUCCAUGAUUUAAAUGGGGCACUUUGUCUUGCAAUAUCUUUUAAUAAGAGUGAAGUAUGGCCCUUCUGGGGAAAGCAUUGAUGUUACUGCUGCUUUUGAUAUGCUCUAUUGAACUUGAUUACAAAUAAAUUAUUAGUAAGGCUUUUUAAAUAAUAACAGCUCACAUUACUAAUUGACUCAGAGCUGACAGAUCUGAAGAGGCUACUGUCAUAUUGUCCCUGUGGCCAGCCACCAGUUCUAACACAAAAGUUCCAACACACUUGGGUCAAGUCUACAUACUGUGGUGCUAACUCUGUGUCUGUACUAUGCUUUCAUCUGACUGUUUUGGAUUUUCAUUACUAACUAGAAAUGAUAAUUAAGGAUGGUUUACGUUUUAGUUUGACUGCGUGCUAAAACCCACAAAUCCCGAUGUUUCAGCCCUGCCAGUCAGCCCAGCAGACAUCAGUACUGAACCCUCGGUCAGCCCAGCAGACAUCAGUACUGAACUCCUCAGUCAGACCCACCAGCUGCACGGCCAGCUUCUUUCAACAACACGCUGAUGAUUCUUUUUUGCCACAGUGCUCAGGGGCUUAGUUGAGAAAGAGUUCCCAGAAGUAAUUUUUAAACUUGAAUAACGUUUGUUUAGCCAAGUUAAACUUGGAAACAUGAUGUUAUAUUCAUGGUCUGUACCAUAUAAAGCCUAAAAUGAAUAAAUCCUGCAUCUAAUCACUGAGGGAGACACUUUCUGUUGUGAUGGGUCCAUGCUAUGAUAGCUUUAUCAUGAGCCAUUGAUAAAAAAAAUCUCAUUUUAGAAAUAUACAUAUUAAAAUAGACACAUUUAAAGAUAAAUCUCUGCAAUUCUGAAGUAUUUUCCUAAUGUACAUUCUUAUUUGGUGAGCUGAGAGGAAGCCUGGGGUUUUCAUGAUACCCACUUGCACAUAGCACUGAUUCUUGAGAAUUUGGAUAAAACAGGUUUUAAUUUUGAAAAGAAAAAAUUUUAAAUGUUAAGAAAUCUAAACUUAUAUGUUUAUAGAACAAGGUCUCAGCAAUCAAGCAAUAUUUCGGAGCAACCUACUGAUUUUGUAAUUUUUUCAUAAAAUAUCUGUUUUUCCUGUCAUUACUUAGUUUUUGUCAACACAGUCAGACACAAUAAAAAGCUAAUUAUUCCUAUUUAUUUAGUCUUAUAUAGAUUUACAGCUUUUAAAUCGUUGUGUCUACACCAUAGAUACACAUAUAUGCUGUUAAAUGUUGAAUAUUCACUUUUGUUCAUUCUUUAUACUAUUUCACAUGUACUCCUUUAAAGAACUCUUACAUCACGCAACUUUUAUCAUUAGCGUUAAAUAUACAAAAUAACAAUUUUGGACAUAAAGAAACAUUUUUUAAUUUAAAGAGACAAGUACUUUAAUAAAUCAACUGUUUUGGAGGAACAGAUUGUAAGCAUAUUAAUUUUAAAACAAAAUAAAUUCCAUCUGAUGGUGGUGACUGAGACCUGACGGUGGUGGCAGUGGCCUAAUUACAACAAACAAUUCCAAACUUUUCACCACUCAAGUCAAUGCUUCCUUGGUUAACAACUUUAUUUAACAAUUUCGAACAACAAAUAACAAUUUGUCAUGUACAUUUUAUAUUAACAAUGGUAAACAGCAAAAUAAAAGCUACAGUACAACUGCAACGUUUAAGCACAAACAUCAGAAAACACACCAGGAACUAAAAAAAAAUUCCAUCCAUUUCUGAGCUUGAAAAUCUUCGAAAACGUUCAGUCAGCUUUAUCAGGAAGUAGAUGAUUAAUAUGCUCCUCCUCUAUGAAGUCCAUGACUUCAGCAGACAGGUGGCAGAUCUCCCUCAUCCUGCUUGCAUGACCCGGUGAUGAUGGCUCCAUCAGUUUGACCAGAAUAUCUUCAACUGGUACGAAGCACAUUUCCUUUCCACCUGGCUUUGGAUGGAAGCGCGCGUUGGGCCCGUGAGGGUGGAAAACCUCCACCUGAACAUCUUGAUGAUGAGCAUCCAUAGUGACAGCCUUUGCUAACCACCAAUGUUGGUCACAAAUGGCUGCAAGCCAAUCUGCACAAUUAAUGACACCAGCAGAUAUAUCUGUCGUAUUUCUAGUUUGCUGUCGUCGCCAAUACUUUUUCAGUUUCUUCCUAUCUUUUAUUAUCUCCUGUAGUUUAUUUUUCAAAGCUUUCAUCACUCUCAAAUAUCUUGCUCUUGUUUUCUUUCUUUCCUUCCCUUUCCCCUGUUAUAGACUGCCUACUGUGAGCUGGCUCCUGUACAGUCUGGUCCCAUGGACUAUCUGGGGGAGUUUCUGGGUGUUCUGGGCCCUUUCUCUUAUGCUCUCUUGACUCUUGCUGUCUACAUUUCCACACCUUUCUCUUACUCCUCUUUUCCCUUUCAUUCAAAUCACUGAUAAUUUUUAUCUUCCCAUCCUCUUCUUCCAUCUUUGCUUUCCCUUUCUCAGGCAUUCCUCCUUUAACUCUGUCUCACUAUAUAUUUUCUCUCUCCACUUUUUUUGGUAUUCCCUGUUUCUUCUCCUUCGCUCCUCCACUGAUAGCUGCUGCCUAGCCAUAACUUCCUGAAAUACAUAAAAGGAAGGUCAGAAUUUAAUGGAAUUCCUAUGAAAUUGUGCAAAAUUACUAUGAAUUUAAUUGUUUAAUUUGGUGAAAUUUUAUAAAAUGAUUAUGAAAUGGUGCAACUAAAUCCAUUUAUAGUUUUUGUCAUUGGGGAUACAUUAUAGUAAGGAAAUAUUGUAGGCCUGUGUGUGGAAGAAAUAAAGGGGAAAUUAUGUAUAUUAUAAAUAAAGAGGUUAAUGAAACAUUACAAGCCAUAUUACAAUUUAUUGUGAUCAUAAAUUAUAUUCAAACCUCCACUGAGGAUGAUUUGGAUGUUUUUUACAUGACAUGCAUGAGUUGUAUACAGGAGCCAUCUUGUUUUCCCUCCGUUGCUAGCUGCCUCCGGCCUCUACUUAAAAUGCAUACAUUUAAGUCAUAAUUUAAAAUAAUUUUUUCUAUACGAAAGAGAGUGACAGGUCAUGGUUGUGACAGUAGCAACAUCAAUAAAUAUGUAAAAAUUAUUGAAAAAAUAGCGAACUUACAGGAACUUGUUUGAUCUUGUUGCAUUUAGUAGAUGUGGAGGGUGGAAAGUGGGUCCUCAGGAAUAUAGUUGACCAUGUGGUUGCCUGAUUUUAUUGCUUUUUUUAAAAAUAAAUAUCUGAUGGUGCUGACAAAAACUUGGGACACAUUUUGAGCAACCACCAAAUAAGAGUAAAUAUUGUUGAAAAUUCACUGCUUUUAGUUUUAAAGAGGUUUUGCACUCUACUCUUUCAUCUGGCAUAUAUAUUAUACAUUUUAAAUGAUUUUUCACACUUUUUUUAUCAAAUUGAAAUAAUAAUCUCUUGUCUGAGGACAAAUGAUUUUGUGGGUACUGGACUAUCAUAUAAUCAUAUAAUUUAUAAAAUUAAAAACAAACAUAUAAAAAAAUGUUGCAUUUGUGCAAAAGACCCUCAGAUGAUCAACCCUGAUCAUUUUAAAUAAGAAAAUGUUAUUCAUUUUCAAUGGAAUUAGCACUUUUCUUAGUGGGACCUGUUUUUGCCUAAGUCUCAAGAAUCAGCGACCAGCAAACUACUUUUCACCAUCUAGUUAGCUCAUUCCUCUCAGAUAAUCAAAUGAUAAAACUCAUGUGUUACCCAGUUAGUCAAUGGUUUGGAGUGACCAUGGUAUGCACUUGGAAAUUUCAACCAUUGUCAAUAAGGGUGACUAAAGAGAGACCUAUAUUUACAAAGUUGUAUAGUUCUGGAAUCAUCACAUGAAAACAGGCCCUUCAGCCCAUCAUGUCAAUGCCAACCAAAUGGUCUACCUAAGUUUGUCCUAUUUGCCUUCUUAGCUAGAGUGUGGUGAAUCUGUGGAAUUCAUUGCCACAGAUGGCUGUGGAGGCCAAGUCAUUGCAUGCAUUUAAAGUGUAGGUUGAUAGAUUCUUGGUUAGCUAGGGCAUCAAAGGUUACAGAGAUAAGGCAGGAGAAUAGUGCUGAAAGGGAUAACAAAUCAGCAAUGAGAAUUAGGCCAAAUGCCUAAUUCUGCUCCUAUGUCUAAUGAUCUUAUUUGUCUGAUAUCCCAUCAAACCUCUCCCAUUCCUGUACUUACUUAUAUAUCUUUCAAACAAUGUGAUUGUGCUAGUUUCUACCACUUCACCUGGCAGUUUAUUGCAUAUAUCACCUGUGUGCAAAAAGUGUUGCCCCUCAAGUCCCCUUUAAAUCAUUCCCUUCUCAACUUUAACUCAUCCUGGGAAAAUGACGGUGAUUAUUCAUCUUAACUAUGCCCCUCAUGUGUCCCUCUAUGGUCACCCUUCAGUCACUUCUGCUCCAGGGUAAAAAGCCACAGUCUAUCUAGCCUGUCUUUGUAACUCAAGCCCUCCAGAUCUGGUAACAUCUUGGGGAUCUUUUCUGUACCCAUUCUAGUUUAAUGGCAUCCAUCAAUAGCUAGGCAAUCAGAAUUGCACAUAAUACUUCAUGUGCAGUCUCACAAAUCUUUUAUAGAGCUAUAACAUGAUGUAUUAAAUCUUGUACAAUAUUUGAGUAGUUAUGUGGGUCCUUUCUCAGGCUUGAGAAAACUCAUAGUUUUUUAGCCAAUGAACCCCCCCCCCGAAGUGCAGUCACUGCUGUGACAUACCAGACAAUACACAUACAGUCAUCUCCCACUAACGGUAUUGCACGAUUGACCAAGUGUUAUGAAUUUUAAUGAAAAUAUUGAGGGAUAAUAUUGACAGAACACAAUUGAGAAUUUUUAUUGGAUGUUGUCUCUGAGGAACAGUUGAGAAAACACUGAAAUACUACUUCUGGAAAUUUAAAGUUUAGAAUUUGUGUUGCUAAUGCUGGUGGUACUCUGUGGGGUUCAUUGCCAUUAAAGAUAGAAAUGGAAGAGUUUGAUUUUCAAACUGUCUAAGUUGUUUGGCAUGGGUCAAAAUGCAAUGACCAGUAAGCUGGACAGAUAUGAAAGCAAUUAGCAAGCUAUAGGUGGCAGCAGUUAAAUUGUCCAUUCUGUCUGCUUGAGUAUAGCUGAUUCCAUGAUAUCUUUUAGAGCCAGAGAUUACUCUAAUGGAGAAACUAAUGCUUCCCAUUCCUCCCUGCAUUAUUAAUUAUUCACUCUUCUGGAUCAAAUGGAGAAGAGGGCUUGAGAAAUGUGAAGUGGGAACAAUCUUGUACCGCACGCUCAACUCUAUUAACCUAUGCUCCAGCUUCAUUAUUGCAGGAUUUGUCUGAACUGAUCUUGACUUUAUGCAGAGGGUUUCUGGAAAGGUUUCUGCUAUGUUUUUGUGUUGUAUGUGGUAUGCCCUGCUGGGUUCCAGCAGUUGAGAAAAUCUGAAAAUUAGUCAUUCUACUGUCACACAGUGGAAGAUCAGCCCAGAGCAAGUUUCCGUUGCUUGGGUCCAAGUACAAUCAUUAGAUUCAAUGUAACCCAACCUGCCAUUGUUAGAAAGUAAUGUUGAACUAACCAUUUAUCCUGAUUGUUUUAACUAUUAAGGAGUUGAUCAACAGUGUCUGGGAUUGGGCUUUGCAAUGCCAGUCAUGAUAAAUCAUGAAUUUGUCUCAUUGUGUUGUAAUAUACGUAUGUUUCUGAAAUUUGCUUUCUUUAAUUUCAGUGGAACUGAAUUUCAAAAGCAAAGCUCAGCACACGCUGUAUCAUGUGUUAGUGUGCAUAACAGAGGAUGAAUGUCUACCCUAGUGAUAUUUGAACAGUUUAUUAUGAAUGAAGCAUUGGGAUGUAUGAUAUUAGCAAAUUAAUUUUGACUUUGUGUACUAAGUUUUAACCACCACAAACUCUGAAAAGAGAAAGUUGGGGAUGCUGGGAAUCUGUGACCAGACUACAUUGUCAGGGUACCUGUGAUGUGCUCCUGGGACAGACACUUCCUCAGACUUGCAUACCUAACUGAAGAGUUUGCACCUGAAACCUUCUUCAGUCACUUCAGUGCAGGAAUGCUGAUGCAAGCACUUAUUUCAUAGUUUGGCUUUAUCUGAAUAACUCACAGUUACGUAGGUUAUAAACAAAUGGUUCAUGAGUUUCAGUGGCUCUGAAGAACUGCUUUCCAUGAUAACAUCUAUUGUAUAUUUUGAACCAUUUCUAAAAUGUUAACUAAACAUCAUAAGAAAAUCUGGUUUUGCAUUAUAUUCAUCCACAGGAUGAAGAUGUGUUGUUCUUUCAUAGAUGCUGAGUGAUUUUAUAAAGCUGAGUGGGUUGCUAUAGAAUGCAGGUUACUGUGAAACUGAACUCAUGUAACUGGCAGUUUUCCUUUCCCUAGGGAAGGGUUUUUGCUUUUAUGGCAAACUACUAGAUCUGAGGUCAAAUUUACUGCCACUGGCUUUAAGUUCAUGUUUUUUUAAAGUGAAUUGGAUUUGUUAUAGUGCCAAGGUGGGAAAUUAACUUUCAUUUUCUUUAUCACUUAUCCAGAAAUAAAUAUCUGCAACAUUACCCCAACCUCUCUACAUUCAGACUUGUACUUGCAAUUGACUUUCAGAAUUGGUAAAUAACAUUCUUUCUGUGUCAUCACCUCAGCUCCCAAUUUCCAACUUACAUCUUUUGUGUUUCAUUUUGAGCAUGUAUAAAGUAAGCUAAUCUAAAAGUACCUUAAGAGAAAAGUUAAAGAUCAAAGAUCAGCUUUAUUUGUCACAUGUACAUCAAAACAUACAGUAAAAUGCAUAAUUUCCAUCAAUGACCGGCGAUGUGCCGGCAACAGCCUGCAAGUGUCCCAUCCUGCAGUAUAACUUACUAAUCCUUACUAAUGCACAACUUAGUAAUCCUUACUAACCAGCACGCAUUUGGAAUGUGGGAGGAAACCAGAGCACCUGGAGGAAAUGUACACAGGAAAGGGAGAACGUACGAACUCCUUACAGGCAGAGACAGGAAUUGAACCCGGAUCACUGGCACUGUAAAGUGCUGCACUAAUCGCUAUGCUAACGUGCCACCCAUUUUCAGAGUUUUUUUAUUGUGAAAUGUACCAGUAUGAGACCCUUUACUCUGUGCUUUGGGGCAUAGGGAGAGAUUAAAUUUGCUAUUUAAAAUGCAGCUGAAUGUCCUAACGUAUGGAGGGCACGAGUUUUCCAAUGAGGCAGAGCACAAUCUUUAUUACAACACAGAAUUAUGUCAUUCCAAGGGUUCCUGUUACCACCAGUAACCAAAAAUUGGACAGAUUUCUGAGCCCAUUACUAUUUCUAAAAGACAAUCUCCAUGAGUUGUAUAUCUCAUAAUAGUUUACUCUGAGAUAAUGAAAUUGACCCUUUAGCCACCUUCCUCUAAUUUGUAAAAGAGGAUUGGUGUGUUAUUGGUAGCAAUAGCUGUCAAUAAGAAUUUAACUACCGGGAAAAUGAAAUCAAAUAUACCCUGGGCCACCUGCAAUUCACUUUGUUUGUUCCGUCCAUUGCUUUUAGUGGAGUAAGGAGAGUCAAAGUCCAAAGCACAAAUAAUGCCCAGUUUAAUUACAAAAACAAUGAGGAUGAAGUGGGGUCAUUUUUGAGGUGGAAGAUAACAAUGUUUAAAGGGCUACUGCUGUAAGAGAAAAUCAGUAAGUUGCCCAACAACAGGAAUUAGAAUAUCUGUCUUUUGAAGAAUGAAUCAAGAGUUUAAUAUAAAAUCUAAAGACUAGACCUGUUCAGGGAUUAGUCAGGUUUUGUUGGAGCAGUUCACCAAAUGCAUGUGACAGAUUGUGCUGAUGCACCAAAUGGACAUUAGCUGUGCAUCACGGUAGCACUUCUGCAGAUUGUUUGUGCCCUGUCAUGCUAAGUUAAAGUGGCAUGUGUAAUUACUGUACGUAUGUGGAAGGGUUUCACUGUACUUUGUAUUGGGGUUCACAUUCCCUUUGGCUUCACUGCAGACCGGUGUUCCGGUGACUGUCCUGUUAGUCCCAGUCCAUCUCUCCUUGUGGACGAGCUAUCAGUGCAGUCACUUCCCUGCCUACUGGUGAGUGUGGUUUAACACGUCCUGUGGUUGUAACAGGUGAAGUCACAAUGUCUUUACUUUACUUGUAUGAACUCAGCAGCUCUUUGCAUGUUGGGCUAUAAUAUAUGGUAAAUUUUCAGGUUUCCAUGUGAAAACACAUAAAGGAAGAUGCUUACUAAACAUAAACUUAUUUCUUAGCUCUGGGUACAAUGAUUUUAAAGAAUUAGUUUAUUCCUAUAGUUUCCAAAUGUUUAUUGAAUGAUUGGCAUCCAAGUCCUAAAUUCUUGUUCCCAGAAUGUAUAGUCAGUUCAGUGUUGUCCAUACAUGUAACAAAAGGGUGCAUCUGCUCUUGUACAGCCUUUCACAUUUUAGUCUCAAACCUAAGUUUUACAACUUCCACUGUCUGUGUUUGUAAUGCAAACUGUGCCAGUCUGACACACUGAGUUUAGCUUCCAAACAUACAGUAGAUACCAUGCAGUGUGUCGCUUUUACAGCAUCAGGAUCCCUAGUACACAAGACAAAUUCCUAGCAAAACUGAGCUACCCAAGUGCCAGGAAUUUGCUGUAAUUAUAACUAAUGUAAAUUUAAAAAUUUAUUUAAAAUAAGGAUGUUAUGUAAAUUUAUGAUUGAUGCUUAAUUAUCAGACCAUCCUACUUCAGUUACUUCUGUCCAAUUUGUGUUCAAUGUCAUAGUUCUUCUGUUUGUUCCAGGAAAAAGUGCCACACUAAUGAAAUCUAUAGACCGCUUGGUAAUCAAUGGGAAAAUCAGACUGAUUUGCGUUUCCUCCGUUAUUCCCUCUUGACUCAUUUGUACUUUUAGAGAAUGUAAUGUUGUCAACAAAAUAAUUGACAUUUCUUUGCAAUUAAGUACUUCUGGGGAAUCUAAAAUGAAUGCUCACCCUCCUGAACAACUUUGAACAUGACACAUGACAUUGUGAGUUGCAGUUUACUAGGCUGGAUUGUUGUCUACAGAUCAAAUCCUUCCUUCUAGAAGCAGUAGUAUAGACUUGUUUAUCUUUUGUUGUGUUUUGUUGACACUCUCACUGUUAUAAUGAAGCUGGUCUUGAAAAGAUAAAGAUAAAAAGUUGCUGAAGCAGUGCUGGGCUUCUGUAAGCCAAUUGAGCACUGGUAUGAAAGUUGCCUACUCCAUGUGGGAUUGUUGCAACUAUGUCAGAAGUAGCUAAUUGCUAGAAGGCUAAUUGCUAGAUUGGAAUCAGGCUUAGUCAUGUUCAGAUUGUUAAUGAAUGAUUUGGAAUUAUACUAUCUGUGGCUGGACAGAAAGUUCCUGCUGAUUAGACCCAAGUAGAACUAUGAGUUUAUUCUUUAAACUGGGAUUAAGUUUAACAUUAAACAAGGAGCAAGGGAAGAAAGAUUAUGCUGGUUGUGUUGAGCAAACAUCUUCCUCUGCCAGUGCUUGUGUUGUGCUCUUUCUGCUCAUUUUUAUGAAGACUGCACCAAGAUGUAAGCAGUUCUGAGCUCUUUUGGUAUGGAUGCAAUGCAUCAUGGGUAAUAUUGAUUAUGCUAAUGGAAGCCAUUGAUUUGUACCUUUUUUGUAAUUGUUAUUGACCAAUAAAAAUGUUUGU